AACACCAUAGACACACUGCAGAGAUUAGCGCUGGCGCUGGGAGGGAACAAAGGAUAUCUGGAGCGGAACCAAUGAACAGGAUAGCCUGACUUCCUCAAUACCUCUGACAAAAUGUCAAGUAAGAAUCCUUAUAAACGGCCAUCCUAUGCCCCACCCCCUGCCCCAGCCCCCACCACACAAUUGCCCACCACCCCUGGGUUUGUGGGCUACAACCCAUACAGCCAUCUGGCCUACAACAACUACAGGCUGGGAGGGAACUCCGGCGGAAACAACAGGGUAAUGAAUUCCUCAGGGAUCACUGUCCCCAAGCCGCCCAAACCGCCAGACAAGCCACUGAUGCCCUACAUGCGGUACAGCCGGAAGGUAAGCAGGAAGGUUUGGGACCAGGUCAAGGCUUCUAAUCCUGAUUUGAAGCUAUGGGAGAUUGGGAAGAUCAUUGGUGGCAUGUGGAGGGACCUCUCGGAUGAGGAGAAGCAGGACUACUUGAACGAGUACGAAGCUGAGAAGAUCGAGUACAAUGACUCCUUGAAGGCCUACCACAACUCCCCGGCGUACUUGGCCUACGUCAACGCCAAGAACCGGGCAGAGGCCGCUCUUGAGGAGGAGAACCGACAGAGGCAGUCACGCCUGGACAAAGGGGAGCCCUACAUGAGCAUCCAGCCCGCAGAGGACCCCGAUGACUACGACGACGGCUUCUCCAUGAAGCACACAGCUGCUGCCCGCUUCCAGAGAAACCACCGCCUCAUCAGUGACAUCCUCAGUGAAAUUGUGGUGCCAGACGUUCGCUCGGUUGUCACUACGGCUCGCAUGCAGGUCCUCAAGCGUCAGGUCCAGUCCCUCAUGGUGCACCAGAGGAAGCUGGAAGCAGAGCUGCUGCAGAUUGAGGAUCGACAUCAGGACAAAAAGAGGAGGUUCCUGGAGACCACUGAGUCUUUCAACACUGAACUCAAACGGCUGUGCGGUCUGAAGGUGGAGGUGGACAUGGAGAAGCUGGCUGCGGAGAUGGCGGCGGCCGAGGAGGCGGCGCGCCGUCGGGCGGAGGAGAGGGAGAAGGAGGCGGCCGAGCAGGCGGAGAAAGCAGCGGCCGCAGCAGCAUCAGCGGCAGCAACAGCAGCGGCGGCGGCUGCAGCGGCGGCGGCUGCAGCUGCAACUGCUCAGCAGGAGGAACAGCAGCAACAGCAACAGCAGCAGCAACAACAACAACAACCGCAACCGCAGCAGCCGACCACCCCCGCUUCAGCCACGCCACCACAGGCCAACUCCUCUCCUGAGCAGAGCCCAGAGAGCAAGCCGGUGGAGGACAAGCCUACACCUAUGGAGACAGAUGAGGCCCCGAGUGAGACCGCUGAGAGUCAACCGGCCGAGGCAGAAGAGAGGGCAACUCCUGCCCCAGAGAACCCCACCCCCCCUGAACCGGCGGAGGCGGCCACGCUUGAGGGGACGACUGACAGCACCGCCUCAUCUGAAAGCAGCAGCAGCAGCAGCAGCAGCACCGCCACCACCACCACCAACACCACUGGACCAGGAGAACCCAUCCCUCCCGAGCCUCCGGCCCCAGAGGAGCGGCCGCCCCCCCCUCUUCAAUAACCCACACCACUGCAACCGCCUGGCCUCAACACCACCCCCUUCUACCCCCAGCUCCUACCCUACUACCCCAUCCCUCCCCCCCCUUAACCUUUUCACAGCCAUCACGUUCUAGCCUUGCAGCCACCCCAAACUCUUACCAAAGGCCUUUCUGUUGUCACAUAA